AUGAAUGGUACGACCGCUUUGCUUCGAGCAUAUGGGUCGCGCGUCUUGCAACUGCCUGUUUUGCAGCAGUUAGCAGAAAGUGAGAUGCUCAAAACUGCAGCAGAGGAGCUGGCGCAGGAAGCGCGAGCGGCACCGGCGGCUGUGUUUGUCGCGUUAACGUUGCUCAUAUUGUUCCUGUUUCGUGGAAGUUCGGCUAGCAGCACCAAGUCUGCGCCGAAGAGAGACAGCAGGAAGAAAGAGGUGACGGAUUACCAUGACAGCGCAGUUUCCAGCUUUCUUGACAGGCUUGGUGUGCCACAGGAGCGACAUUUGGAAGCCUGCUUCGUGCCUUGCGGAGGCUUCACAGUGAACGGGCAGAUUGCCGAGUUCGAAAACGAUGCGUGCUAUGGUAAGAUGCUUGAGAUGCAUCGUGCAACGCAUGACAAGGAGCUUGACAAAUCGGGCGACUACCCGUACGGGAGCUAUUUCAUCGGCAAGAAGCGUUUGUGGGAAACUCGUGUGCAGCUCAAGUUCAAAAAGCCUCCAAUACAGUCUGAAAUGUUCUUCGGCAUUGAGUUGGAGAAGUACGUGCCCAUGUCCCGGUCCGUUAAGCGGACAAUGGAUGGUGUGGUCCGCAUGUUAAAGGGUGUGGUGGGAAACCAGAUCUACCACAGUGUGGGUGACAACCCAGAGGAAUGCACGGAUGCAGAGCUCGAGAUGCCGACAUUUGCGAUGCCCAUGUGGGCCUUUGACCAGUAUAUUGUGACCGCCGAGGGGGAAACCCCUCCAGAAUUGGACGACGAAUGCAUCCCAGAGCUAGGGUCGAAGCGGUCGGGCAGAGUUGCCGAGUUCCGUAAAGAGCUGGACAACAUUGUUUUCGAGGUUGGCCCGACCUACACACUCUGCUUUUGGGGAAUUUCCCAGUGGCUGGACAAGCUGAACUGGCAGCUCAAACUGCCGCUCCUCGGACGUCUCGACAUGGAUCAGUUCGCAGGGGGACCACCUGUACAUGUCGUUAUAUACACAAUGAGCAACUCCCAAGAUGAGAAAAGACAUCUAAAUUCCAGGAAGCAAUAUUAUCUCAAUGUUGCAUUUUGGAGCUCCAGCAGAAGGCCUCGUGGCGAACGUGUCAUGGAGCUCUUGGGUGCAGCGACACAAGCGCUGGACCCGAGUCGCUUCAGCCCGCGCAUGGGAGGUUUAUCUCCCGUGAAGAGGCGAGAACCAGGACCCAGCUCCAGUUGGCUGGCCUGCUGUGCUGGACACUGA